CCAGACAUUUGCUUCUCGUUGAGCUCCAGAAACGAGAAGGGAAAAGCCAUGGGGAAGCCAAAGAGAGCUUUGCCUCCCUCUUCAUCUUCAGGUCAACCAAGUCAACCCAAGAGGCCAUGCGUGCCUCCAAUCGAUCAAGCAUGGAACGGGCCCGAAAUGAAUCCUGUGCCGAGUUGCUGUUUGACUUGCUGUUUGACAAAGGAGGAUCUGCGGAGUAUGUUCAAAGAAGAGCUGGAGAGUGCUAAAUCUGACUGGGCCGAAUAUUUUCAAAGUUGCAUCUGGAAUGCUCUCAAAGAUUUAGUGCCACAGAUGCGCUCAGAGAAUGAUUUUCAGAGAUUGAUGGAAGCAGUGGAGCUUGGAAACAUUCAUUCUCCCCAACGUGCAAGGGCUAAUGCUAAUUCUACGGGAGAGAAUGAUGUGAGAGACUUACGGCUUCAAAUUCAAACCAAACUGUCAGAUUCUCUAUUUACUGGACAGAAACUAGAAGGAGUGGGGGGUGCUCACAUUUCCAUUGCCUUGAUCAAUGCAAAUACAGGGGAUGUUGUUAGAUCAGGCCUGGAAUCCUCCAUUAAGUUGGACAUCGUCGUGCUCGAAGGUGACUUCAACAAAGACGAUGAGGAUAACUGGACCCAAGAAGAGUUUGAGAGCCACGUGGUUAAACAACGUGAAGGAAAGAGGCCGCUUUUGGCUGGAGAUCUCGUAGUGAAGCUCAAGGAAGGUGUUGGGGAGAUAGGAGAACUGAUGUUUACUGACAAUUCCAGUUGGAAUAGGAGUAAAAGAUUCAGGAUAGGGCUUAAGGUGGCAACGGGUUUUUGUGGGAAUACACGAAUCCGAGAAGCCAAAACAGAUGCCUUCCAAGUCAAGGAAAAUAGAGGGGAAGCAUACAUGAAACAUCAUCCACCUGCAUCUGACGAUGAGGUUUGGAGGUUGGAGAACAUUGCCAAAGGUGGGAAAUCUCACCAAAAACUGAGUGAUGCUGGAAUAUAUAAAGUGGAAGACUUUCUACUGCAACUGUUCACGGACCCCGAGAAAUUGAGAGAGAUUCUCGGAAAGAGCAUAACAGAGAAGAAGUGGGAUAGCCUGAUACGCCAUGCAAAGACUUGCGAAACAAAGUGGAAACUUUACUUGGACUAUCCUGAUGGCGUGACGAAGCAUGGUGCUGUAUUCAACACUGAUGGUCAACCAAUCGGCCUAGUCAAAGACACGGAAUAUUUUGCUACUCAUCGACUUUCUGCUCAAGAGAAGGUGUGUUUUUCCCAGGAACAUGGAGAUGCAAUUGUGAAAAAGGCCUUGGCUAACUGGAAUGAUGUGAGAGAGUUCAAUGGUGAGACGUUCUCUGAUUCAAUGAGGCGCAACCCUGUUCAACGUUAUUUGGCUCCACCAAUCUUUCCUGCCCCGUUUGGUCUGGAAGCUCCUCCGGCAAAUGUGAGCUCCACUGCUGAAGGACUCAAUGGUGCAACGGCUUUGGUAUUGCCGUUUCAAUCACCAAAUUUUCCUCCAGCUGCACAUCAGCCCAUGUCUGCAGACCGCUCGAAUGUUCAGAUUCCUCCAGGAUUUCAUGAUAGUACUUCUGCCGGAUUGCCAACACAGCCCCUUGGUAUCAAUGUACAGAAUGCCAUACGUCGCCAAAUGAUCGGUUCUUCGAGCCCAAUGGACAAUGGAGGAUAUGAUAAUGUUCUUCUUGAAGGCGAUCAUGUGAUGGAAGAGAUCCAAUCAAUUGAUCUUGAUGCUUUUGAGAAAUGGUUUGCUGAAAGCACACCAUGUAAUGACCCGUUAUCCGAUAAUGGUUUUGUUAGGGGAACCGGCAGAGGUGUUAUUGGCUGGCUCAAGAUAAAGGCGGUGCUGCAGUGGGGGUACUUCAUCAGGAAGACAGGUGUCAGACUCGUGGAGUUAGACCAACCAACUAUCGAAGUCCGGGCUUGUUCAUAGUUCUUUCUUCGCUUUAGGGAAGAUGAUUAUAUUCCUGAUAGAAAUGAUGGUAAUUCUUUCUUAAAUGGUGGUAUUAUUUCAUUGGUAAUAUUCUUCAUCUGUAUAUAGAACAGCUUUGUCAAAGCCUUCUUAAGCGACUACUUUUUUUCGUUGAAAAGUGUCUCUCUACCUCAGUUCUUUCGACAUCUUUCUUCAGGAAAGUUCUCUGAUGUAUCACAUGUAAGGAAUGCAAGGUCAUACCAUUCAAAGA